AUUAAUAAAAACAAAAGAAUCGUAAACAAUCAAUUUCUGGCCAACCUAAAAUGCAACAAAAUAGUCCUGAAAGAAUACAUCAGGGCGUCUUUUUUCAAUCAAGUAAACAAGUCACAUGACCCAGAUAAUAAACAAUUCCGAAACAUAUGGUGUUAGUUGGCUAAAUAAGUUGUUCGACUGUUUUUGUAUGACGUUUGUGACGUAUGCGCACCCGGUCUUAAAAGUCGUAUCUAGCUCACUGUUGUUGACUUCCAGAGCAUAAACAAAUCAAAGGAUCAAAAUGAGUGGCUCCGGAUAUCCGUACCCCCAGGGCUCGAAUUAUUCACCUUAUCCACCAUACCCUCCAAAUUCGGCACCUCCAUACCCUCCAAACCCCCCUUACCCCACGCAAGGAGGAGUUUUUGCUCCCAGUUUGGGCUUCAAUGUUGGCUCACCCAUGUACAUGCCGCAACCCUACGCCGGUGCAGGCUACCCUUCGUCAGCAAGUGGAACGUCUUAUGCUUCAAGUGCGCCCCCUUACCCAAACCCCACCCCAACUAUGUACCCCAACCCCCACUCGAAUCCAUAUCCAGGUCCAAGACCCAAUCCAGGCUCAUACCCGAACCCCAAACCGUCAACCCCAUAUUAUGGCUCCAAUCCAACCCCAAGCCCCCAGCCAGGCCCAUACCCACACCCCAAACCAUCAACCCCAUAUUAUGGACACCAAGCAACUCAUUCGAAUUCGUAUCAAACGCCAAAAGUGAAGAGGUCUCCAACGGUGGUUCCCGCCCACCCUUUUGACCCACGAAAGGACGCGGAAAUUCUGCGCAAGGCCAUGAAAGGCUUCGGAACGGACGAAAAGGCCAUUAUUAACGUGCUAACGAAGCGUUCAAAUGCCCAACGAUUGGAAAUCGCAGUCCAUUUUAAAACUCUUUACGGAAAAGACCUAAUCAGCGAUUUGAAGAGCGAACUGAGUGGGAAUUUCGAGAAAACGAUUAUUGCUUUAAUGACUCCACUUCCACAAUUUUACGCUAAAGAGUUGCACGAUGCAAUUUCCGGGCUUGGAACCGACGAAACCGUCCUCAUAGAGGUCAUGUGUACCUUAACUAAUGCCGAAAUCAGGACAAUCAGAGAAGCGUAUCAUAGAACCUACCACAACAACCUCGAAAGUGACCUCAAAGGGGACACCAGUGGUCAUUUUCGACGACUGAUGGUCGCACUUUGCAGUGCGGGACGUGACGAAAGCAUGGUCGUGGAUCAGGCGGCUGCCAUUUCCGAAGCCCAGGCUCUUUACGAAGCCGGGGAGGGUCGAUGGGGCACCGAUGAAUCCACGUUUAAUAUGAUUCUGUGUCAGCGGAAUUAUGAACACUUGAAAAUGGUAUUUCAGGAGUAUCACAGAAUUUCAGGACAUGACAUUGAGAAGGCCAUCAAAAAAGAAUUUUCUGGUGACAUUCAGGAUGGUCUUUUGGCUGUUGUGAGAUCGAUUAAGAACCAACCGGCUUUCUUCGCCAAAUGUUUAUACAAAAGUAUGAAAGGUUUGGGGACCAAUGACCGCGAUUUGAUCAGACUGGUGGUCACGCGGUGCGAAAUUGACAUGGGGGACAUUAAAAGGGAAUACAUUAAAAACCACGGAGAAUCCUUGGCUGAUGCCAUCAAGGGAGAUACGUCAGGAGAUUACAAAAAGUGUCUUUUGGCCCUCAUUGGGGAAGCGUAAUUUGGAACGAAAAUCUUCUUUUGAUAUCCUUAUUCAUGUAUUAAUAUUUGUGUAAAUAAAUGAAUCAUAUUUUG